AUGAACAAAAAUGAGGAGGGUAGAUCGAAAGGAGGAAUUGGACGUCCUAGUAACUCAAAAGAUAUAACAAAGGAUGAAAGGAAAGCUAUUCCUUCCAAGGAUACUCCUCAAAAGGAAGUCAAAAAGGAUGAAGAGAAUGUAUUUGAAGUUAAAACAAUCAAUGGAUUUGAAUCUUUGCAGAUUCAAGAGGAAGAAAAUGUAAUUAUAGAAGAAAUUCUUGAAGACGAUGAGAUUGGCGACAUAAAUGAAUCACAAUAUGAGUCUCCAAAAUAUACAGAACAAGAAAGUAAUAAAGGUAAAGCUAAGGCUAAUAAGGAUGAUCCCUUUGUGGAGAAUGCCCAUAUUUCUGAGGAUUAUGAUGGCUCUGACUCUGAUGAGGAUUCUUCUAAUCUUCCUCCUAAAAAGAAAUCAAGGGAGAAGGAGGUGGAAGAAGAGGCGGAGAAUGAGCAAGAGAAGGAGGUUGAGGGUGAGGAAGGGGACAAAGUUAAUGAGAAGAGAGAAGAGGAUGUUGAAGAGUCAGAGGCGAAGGAUAAUCCAUAUGUUUCAGAUAACAGGGAUGAUGCUCAACAUAACAUGGAGGAGGGAAACCCUAGGUCUGAGGAUUUUGCCCUGGAUAUGGAGAAUGCAUAUUCCAUUCUGAAUGCUGCUAGAAAUAACACUCUGAAAUGUUCAAUUUCUAGAAGUGGGUGGUUGAUAACAUCACUAGCAUUUAGGAAAAACAGAGAGAGUUGGAUUUUAAAAUUGACAAUUUGGUUAAGGACAUCAAAAUUAAAGGUGUCCUCUCAAAACAUAAAUGCGUUGGUUGCUUGUCUUGAGAAGGAUAAGCAGAAUAAAAAAACUGUGAUUAUUGAUGACGAGAUGACUUCUAGUUCUGUUCAACACUCCUCCAGAUACAAAACUAGGCAAAAUGCAAGUGAGCUGGAGCUGAAGACCAAAGGCAAUCAACAAAUGCAGGAAAAUAAAGACCUGAAAGAGGCAACAAAUGCAAUGAUGAUGUUGGUCAAGGAUGUGGAAGAGACUAUAAAGAUUUUCACCUGA